AUGAGUGCGCUUGCAACCAAGCAGCAAUCGCAGAAGAUCUUCGAGAAGUUGAAGACCAAGUCAGCAAAUAGGAUAUGCUUUGAUUGCGGCCAGAAGAAUCCUACUUGGACCUCGGUCCCUUUUGGCAUUUACUUAUGUCUCGACUGUUCCUCUAACCACCGAAAUCUCGGUGUCCAUAUCUCCUUUGUUCGCUCCACCAACCUUGAUCAGUGGCAAUGGGAUCAGUUACGUGUUAUGAAAGUUGGCGGUAACGAGUCCGCCACCAAGUACUUCCGCGCAAAUGGCGGUAGCGCCGCACUCGCUAGCAAGGACCCAAAGACCAAGUACCAAUCUAACGUUGCGACCAAGUACAAAGAGGAGCUUAAGAAGCGGGCUGCACGAGACGCGCUCGAGUACCCAGAAGAGGUUGUCGUCACCGACGUAGCUGGAGAAGGCGCCGAGGGUAGUGCAACUCCUUCUAGUGAGCCAAAUGACGACUUCUUUUCUUCAUGGGACAAGCCGUCCAUCAAGAGGCCUACGCCACCUAUCUCGCGAACUAAUACGCCGCCCGUUGUCGGCCGUACUGCCUCCCCAUUUCUCAACGCCGGCGCCAACGGCAAGGAGAUUUCCAGGUCUUCGUCCCCUCUAUCUAAGUCUGACUCCGCAUCUGAAGCCAAACCUGCCGCUAGUAGAGUCACCACCUCUGCUGCGCUUCGCAAGACAAACCCCUCAGCGCCUCGCAAAGCUAAUGUGCUGGGCGCAAAGAAGACUACUGCCAAGCUUGGAGCAAAGAAGGUUACAGGAGAUAUCAUCGACUUUGACGAGGCCGAGAAGAAAGCCAAGGAGGAGGCAGAGCGAAUUGCCAAAUUGGGCUACGAUCCUGAAGCCGAAGAGGCCGAGGUAAAGCAGACUACUACAUCUAAGACCGAGGCUUCCAAUGUCAUUUCGCCCACGCCAGUGAGUCCGCGUGGAUACGGAUCUGGUCACUCUCGCGAGAAGUCAGCAGCUGAGGUUGAGAGGUUAGGCAUGGGCCUAGGAAGAUUAGGCUUUGGACAGGUUGGUGGUGGCAAAGCCGCCGCCAGCGCCGCCCCUAAGAAGAACGCCGGCGGAUUCGGCUCAGUUGGACCGGUUAAAGCAACUACCGAAGAUGACGACGAGCGCUACGCCCGUAACAAAUUUGGUAACCAAAAGGGAAUUUCCUCGGACGAAUUCUUCGGAAAAGGCUCUUUCGAUCCCAACGCUCAGGCCGAGGCAAAGACACGUCUGCAAGGAUUCGAAGGUGCCACUGCUAUUUCCUCCAACGCGUACUUUGGUCGACCCGAGGAUGAAGAUCCCGCGGAUGAUUAUGGUGACCUCGAAACGGCCGCCAAGGAUUUCGUCCGCAAAUUCGGUAUCACUGCCGGCGACGAUUUGGAUAACCUUACAAGCGCGCUAGGCGAAGGCGCUACCAGACUCCAGGGUGCUAUUCGUAACUACUUGAACAGUUAA